GUUUCUCUAUUGCCCACCUUUGAAUGAAAUACUUUGUUUCCCUAGAUGCUGUUAUAAACAUACUGGCUGUCCUUUUUCUGACAGCAGUGGCCCACGUCAUACAGUCAGACGCUCUGCAAAUCAACGUAGCAAAUGCCAAUCUUCUGCAUGAUGACGCUAUCAAGGUUCACAAUCUGCGCAUUGGAAGAAGCAGGACUGUUUACCCUUGCGAUUGUGGUGCCUUUCCUCCCAAUUACCCUGAUGGGGUUUAUGUAAUCCAGCCUAGAAAUUCACAUCCCCUGGUGGUCUACUGUAUAACUGUGGACAAUCUGAAGUGGACAGUGAUCCAGAAAAACUCUGUUUCUUCAGAAAUUGAGUGGAGGGAAUCCUGGACUACUUAUAAGUAUGGGUUUGGCAAUAUUGAGGAAGAUCACUGGCUGGGAAAUGAAUACAUCCACAAACUAACCACCCAGCGUGCAUACAAGGCACGAAUUGUGCUUAAUGUCACAAAGACUGAUGUCAGGUAUGCCGACUAUGACACUUUCAGCUUGGAUGAGGAGUCAAGAGGCUAUGCGCUGCGACUUGGACAGUACUCUGGAACGGCUCCUGAUUAUAUGAUUGAAGGCAGUAUAAUUCAUGACAAUAUGAAGUUCUCCACUAAGGACAAAGACCAAGAUCGUAGCAGUGGAAACUGUGCCUCCGCACAUCAUGGUGGCUGGUGGUAUGACAAUUGCUUGACGGUGCAGCUGAAUGGAAAGGGCUACAUUUACUGGAACACCCUCUGUCAUGGAAACUGCCAAGCCUCACUAAUAAUGAUAAGACCUUCAGAGAUCUGUCAGUAAAUGAGCAACCUUACAUUUUAUGCCAAUGCUUUUUUGUCAAGUAUAAAUUUACUAGCUCUUUCCUUAUUGAAAAAAUUAGGAUUUAAGCAUUGUUUCUUCAUUGUUUCUAAAAUCAGGAAAAAAGUAAUAAAUUACUUCUUUAUAGGCUCUUUGGAAGAUAUACUAAAUUCAAAAUUUUGAAAUAAAUCAGUUAAUCAUCUGGUACUGUUUGUGUUUGUUGUGGUGCAAAGAAAUGCAGAAUAUAGCUAGUCCUGAAAGUGAACCCUAGCUUGGCAUUUAGACCCACCUUAAUCCACUUCAUCCAUUUCUUACAUAUGACCACCAAGACCAAAUCUGCUGAUGAUGUUCACAAAGCAGGUGAUUUCUGUUGGUCUCCAUUUUGUAAUCCCACUCCAACACAAAAGAGCACCAUCUCAGAAUAUAACAAGUUCAUGUUUGUUGUUAUGUGUACUCUACAUAGAACAAUGAAAUUCGUACUUGCAUGUGUCCUUAGAACAGUUGACAAAAAUACAGUGCAAAAAUAAAAUAUAUAUAGCAUGCAAAAUAUAUAGUAUAUUUAAUAACAAACAUAAAAAUGUAUAUAUACAGUGUCUGUGUACUGUGCAUUAUGGAAGUAUG